CGCGACACAGAUAGGACCUGCUACUGGUUUUGACUCCAUCACUAUGUGCAGUCUAAUUUGAUCUCGCACGGUGACACAGCGAAUGCACAGUUUCGAAAUCGGUGCAAUCAUGCAAAUUCAGAUCUUGGAAAUAUAUAAGAGCGAGUUCUGGAACCUUAUCUAGUACGAGCGUACAAUGGUCGCGCCCAUAGAGAAUAUAGGAAUCCAGACGGCGAAGUAUUGCAAUGUGGCCAGUCUAGGAGUUUUGAUUUUUGACUAUUUCUUAACGCUCGAACCUGAAAUUCGAUGGGCAUGGAAUAGACGCUGGAACGUCGCUCGUGUUCUUUUUGUAAUCUCACGCUACAUGGCCUUUGUAGCAGCCGGCAUGACUUCAUACGCUAUCCUUGCUACACGAGCGAACGAGAAUUGCUCGAACUUCAGCAGGGCGUCAAAUGCAAUUCAUAUCAUCAGUAUUGUAGCUGCUGAAGGUCUUCUGAUCAUUCGUACAUAUGCGUUCUGGAAACAGAGCAAGAAGCUCUUGGCAGUGUUACUGGUCUUGGCAGCAAUUUGCGUUGCGUGUGGUGUCGGUAUCACAGAUUUUGUCGGUGGCCUACUAGCGGUGCCUGUCAACCCUUCAGCUCCCCCCACAGGCAACUGCAAUUUUGAAACGACUCGGGGCAGUGCCAUUCAAUAUGGCUUUCUUAUAGCCUACGAACUAUUGCUGUUGUCUUUAACGGUGUUCAAGAGAUAUGAAUACUACAAUGAUUGCAACGGUCGUCUAGUGAGAGCCAUCUUCCAGGGCGGAGUGCGGUAUAUGACUGCCAUAAUCUUCGUUUCUGUGGUCAAUAUAGUGAUCACAUCUGCGGUGCCAGUAAGUUGCAUAUUGUAUGCGCUCAUUUGACAAUUUUUGUUAAUUUGGGCAAGUUAUCAUAUAGCGAGAUGAUGGACUUACCACAAGUUGUCCUCCAUAGUAUGUUGGCAUCUCGUGUGCUGUUUAGUCUACGUGAAAGUGACCAGCAUGAAUUGGAUUUGGCGACAUUACAAAUGUCGACAUUUCGUCCAGCUCAGGCGGAUUAAAGGCAUACUUCAUUUGAUUGAUUUUAUCCCA